AUGGGUAGUCCAGUGUCCGUGACACUGGCCAACUUGGUCAUGGAGCACGUGGAGGAAUCUGCACUAGAGCAAGCGCCCUGCCCCAUUAAAUUCUACCGACGGUACGUUGACGACACCUUUGUGAUUUUAAGCAGGGUUCUCGUCGAUGCCUUCCAUUCGGUCCUAAACAGUGUUGAACCUUCUAUUCAGUUUACUUAUGAAAUCGAGAAAAACAACGUGCUUCCUUUUUUGGACGUAAAUGUACAUCACGACCAAGUACGACAAAUCAAAACAACGGUCUACCGUAAGGCCUGCGACACUGGCAACUUCCUGGACUUUAAUUCCCACCACCCUACCGAACACAAGCGAGCCGUCAUCAGAACCCUGUUGGAUCGUGCUGAGCGUCUCGCCUCCGACUCUCAACUUCAAUCUUCAGAAGAGACCACCGUCAAUGAACUGCUUAGGAAACGAGGUUAUCCCCAGAGGUUUAUCGACGACACGCGCAGGCGUAGAGAAGACAGGCAGCCAAAAGAACCUUCCACACAUAAUGGGACCAUCUCAAUUCCCUACGUCAAAGGGGUUUCGGAGCGUAUUCGGCGCAUUCUACUACCUUUGGGGAUAAAGACUUGUUUCAAACCCCAUAUGAAACUUCGACACAUCAUUUCAAGGCCAAAAGAUCCCACCCCACCUGGAAGCGAAAGCGGUGUUGUUUAUAGGCUAUGUUGUUUGGAGUGCAAUGCCACGUACGUAGGUGAGACAGGCAGGAAACGGGACACCCGCGUUAAAGAACACAGACGAGACGUUGAAAAGGCGACCAACGCAACUAGGUCAAAGACCGAGCUCGUGGAUCAUUGCUGGACAACGGGACACGUGUUCGACUACAAGGGUGCCGUCACAUUGGCACGUGAACAGCGGUGGGGACCCAGAAAAUUCCUCGAAUCGUGGCACAUACAGAGGGAGCCAAUAGCAUGUAAUGCCAACCGUGGCCCACUUCCUGGACUGUACUCUUGCCUCGGAAAACCCGUAAAUAGCAAGACCGGUUUUAGUGCUCCUCAUUCCCGUCCCUAG